AUGCCUACCUCGUCUGAGUCUUCGGGUGUCACCGGCAAGUUGGCUGGAAAGAGUGGCCAUUGGGGCAGUCGCGGGGAUGAGAUCCUUCGGGCACUGCCCAGGGACACUCCCUGGUAUUAUUAUAGUAGUAUAUCGAAAAUGGAAAAAGCAGUUACCAAUGUGGAAAGAGGAAAGGACAGAUUUAACGACCAAUUUGUUGUCUUCCUUGAGAUUCCGCAACAUGUGGUGAAUCAGAGUGCUAGUGAAUCGGGGCCAUUUUGCAAAUUAAGGCCCGAUUACCUGACAAAAGAAAAGAUUCUCAUUCUGAAGAUGGUUUCCCGGCCACAUGAGAUGAUAUGCGGCGAGUUUCUCCUUGUUCUUUUUAACAGUUUUGGUAGCUUGGGCCACGCUCUCCGGCGUGAGCUAGCAAUUGUGGGGACGGCACAAGUACAGGGAAGGGAUCGAGCAAAGAGUCCAGAUGGAUCACUUAUACCACUGGUCCUCCCUCCUGGAAGAAGCGAUCAAUGGCCAGCAUUUGUGUUGGAAAUCGGUGUGUCAGAAGGUGCUGCAAAGCCUCAAAGGGAUGCCAUCUGGUGGCUUCAAGAAUCACAAGGAGAUGUUCUACUUGCAGUCACAAUAAAGCUCAAUCGGCGCAAACGAAGUCUCACUAUAACAAAAUGGGAGAUGGUGGAUAAAUCGACCAGACGUCGAAACCAGAGGGCCGAGGCCACACAGAUUAUCACCAUUGUUGUGCCUCAGGAUAAGGAGAAUAUCAGCAUCAGAAAUGCUCCUUUGGUGCUUCCAUUCAGGAGCAUCUUUGCGAGGGAUCCGGUGGGGGAUGAAGGAGAUGUUAUCAUCGACAGCGCGGCCCUUGAAGACUUCGCAAAGAGGGUGGCUACUCAAUUCUAA